AUGGGUCAACAACCAUCUGGCCUUGGUGGUAAUCCACCAGCUGGAGAUGGAAAAGAUGAUAAAUCCAAGAAGAAGGACAAGCCAAAGUACGAACCACCACCAAGACCAACAACUAGAAUCGGUCGUAAGAAGCGUAAGGCUGCCGGUCCAAAUGCAGCCGCAAAGCUACCAGCCGUCUAUCCUACCUCUCGAUGUAAACUCAGAUAUCUUCGAAUGCAACGAAUUCACGAUCAUCUCCUCCUCGAAGAAGAAUAUGUUGAGAAUCAGGAACGUUUGAGAAAGACCAAGUCUGCAAAGGAAGGCACAGGAGCACCUGCCACCGCUGGAGGCGAUUCCGAUGCUGGUGAUAGAAACGCUGAUGAGAAAGGUCGUGUUGACGAUAUGCGCGGUAGCCCAAUGGGAGUUGGAACUUUAGAGGAGAUGAUCGAUGAUGAUCACGCUAUCGUUUCAAGCACUACAGGUCCGGAAUACUACGUCUCCAUCAUGUCUUUCGUCGACAAGGAUCUUUUGGAACCCGGAGCAAGUGUAUUACUGCAUCACAAAUCCGUUUCGAUUGUUGGUGUUCUCACCGAUGAUACGGAUCCUUUGGUUUCGGUAAUGAAGCUUGACAAGGCCCCAACAGAAUCUUACGCAGAUAUUGGUGGUCUGGAACAGCAGAUUCAAGAAGUGCGAGAAUCGGUCGAAUUGCCAUUACUACACCCUGAGUUAUAUGAGGAGAUGGGUAUCAAGCCUCCCAAGGGUGUUAUCCUCUACGGUGCGCCAGGUACUGGAAAGACUCUAUUGGCAAAGGCCGUUGCAAACCAGACAAGUGCGACAUUCUUACGGAUUGUUGGCAGUGAAUUGAUUCAGAAGUACUUGGGUGAUGGACCUAGACUUGUUCGACAACUUUUCCAGACUGCCGCCGAAAAUGCACCAGCCAUCGUCUUCAUUGAUGAGAUUGACGCCAUCGGUACUAAACGUUACGAGUCUACAUCUGGCGGAGAACGUGAGAUUCAAAGAACUAUGUUGGAGCUCCUCAAUCAACUUGAUGGUUUUGAUGACCGUGGAGAUGUUAAGGUUAUCAUGGCUACAAACAAGAUCGAGACCCUUGACCCUGCUCUCAUCCGUCCUGGCCGUAUCGACCGAAAGAUUUUCUUUGAGAAUCCCGACCAACAUACCAAGCGCAAGAUUUUUACCCUUCACACAUCUAAGAUGUCCUUGAACGAAGAUGUCGACUUGGAGGAGUUCAUCAACCAAAAGGAUGAUCUUUCCGGUGCGGAUAUCAAGGCGAUCUGUUCCGAAGCUGGUCUGAUGGCGUUGAGAGAACGUAGAAUGCGUGUCCAGAUGGCGGAUUUCAGGGCUGCAAGAGAACGUGUCUUGAAGACCAAGAGUGAAGGUGAGCCCGAGGGCUUGUACUUGUAG